CGCGCCCGCCCCUUCCCGGCGUGAGGGGGAGGCGGCCGCAGCCCCGCAGCUGCAGCCAUGGCGCUGGUCACCCUGCAGCGCUCGCCGACCCCCAGCGCCGCCUCCUCGGCCAGCACGAGCGAGGCAGAGGCUGGCAGUGAUGAGGAGCGUAGACUGAAUGUGAGCCUCAGCGAGAGCUUUUUCAUGGUGAAAGGUGCAGCUCUUUUCUUACAGCAAGGAAACAGCUCCCAGGGCCAGAGAAGCCUCCAGCAUCCCCACAAACAUGCAGGUGACUUGCCCCAGCACCUGCAGGUGAUGAUCAACCUCCUGCGCUGUGAGGACAGGAUCAAACUGGCCGUGCGCUUGGAGAGCGUGUGGAGCGACCGCGUGCGCUACAUGGUGGUGGUGUACAGCAACGGGCGCCAGGACACCGAGGAGAACAUCCUGCUGGGAGUGGACUUCUCCAGCAAGGAGAGCAUUGACUACAUCCUGAACGUCACCCGCGAGAUCGACAACUUCUUCCCAGGCCUGUUCGCGUACCACAACAUCCGCGUGUACGACGAGGAGACCACGGACCUGCUGGCACACUGGAACGAGGCCUAUCACUUCAUCAACAAGGCCAAGAAGAACCACUCCAAGUGCCUGGUGCACUGCAAGAUGGGCGUGAGCCGCUCGGCCUCCACGGUCAUCGCCUACGCCAUGAAGGAGUUUGGCUGGUCCCUGGAGAAGGCCUACAACUACGUGAAGCAGAAGCGCAGCAUCACGCGGCCCAACGCCGGCUUCAUGCGGCAGCUGCUGGAGUACGAGGGCAUUCUGGAUGCCAGCAAGCAGCGCCACAACAAGCUGUGGAAGCAGCAGGCAGAGAGCAACCUGCCCCAGAACACCGACGGCACCGCGGGCUCGGGAGACUUCUUACUGGAGAGCUUGGACAUCGACCUGGAGAACCGCCUGGCUGACCUGGACAUGCCUUCCCAGUCCGCAUACCUGGACAACCGGGCCGGCUCCGAGGGCUUCGGGUACUGCUUCCGCCGCCUGUCGGACACGCUGCUGGAGAACAAAAUUCCUGGGGACAGAGAGGGCUUCUUCCACAUGGAGCAGCUGGAGAGGGAUGCCCUGGUGGGACAGCCUCCGUCUGCACCUUCCCAGGGGAGGCUGCUGGAGAUGGAAAAGGCCCCGGAGAGAGCGGAGCCGCUGGCAGAGCUGGGCGGCUUCUGUGAGAAAGAGGCAAAGAAGAAACUGGACUUCAGCCCCAGGAAGGGAAGGAUGGUCCUUGGGGAGCCAGGGGAGGACGGUGUCAGGGAGGAAAACCCCAUGGAAAAGUGGAAGCGGCGUUUGUCCAUGCACAAGGAGGAGAGCAGGCUCAAUAGGGAGAACUUGAAUAACAACAACAGCAAAAGGAGUUGCCCAGAGGAUUUUGAGCACGAUGCCGUGUUUGGGAUCCUCAGCAAGGUGAAGCCUUCCUACCAGUCCUGCACUGACUGCAUGUACUCCUCGGCAGGACUGGCCCCCGAGCCCUUUGGGGAGCAGUGCGAGAGGCUCAGCGCCGGCACCGCGCGGCGCAGCAGCACCAUCUGCACCCAGCCCCCCCUGCUGCCCCACCUGCACUCCCACCUGAUGGAGCACCUGCCCAGCAGGGCACCCCCCGAGGAGCCAGGCAGGACUAAACAUAACGAGGCUCCGCUCCCUCUGGCACCAGGGGCUGUGGAGGUUGGCACGUGCAGGGCACUGGAUCAGCACUGCGGCCUUUUGGAGAGAGGGAAAGAUGCGCCAAAAACCCCCGAAAAAACUCUGCAGCCCAGGAGAAACUCCCACUGUGACAGGAGCCUCCUUCACGCAGAGGUGGUGAGGGAAGAGUCUCUGGCCAGAAAGGACCCCAGGCCUACCAAGGACGUGAAGUACCUGUUGUUCAGCAAAGACUUGGAAAAGCCGAGCGCCAACAGUUACUUGAUGCAGCACCAGGAGUCGCUGCUGCAGCUGCAGAAAGCGGGGUUGGUCAGGAAGCACACCAAAGAGCUGGAGCGCCUCAAGAGCCUGCCCUCGGACCCCUCGGUGCUGCUCAGGGACAGCCCCCUGGGCAGGGUGGACUCCAGCAUCGUGGAGGAAAGCGAGGACUUGAUGGCCCAUCCCGGCCUUGUGCCUCUCCUGGCCCCGGCCCAGCUCGUGGCCGGAGACGCCGAGAACGACGUGGAGAAGCUGGGGGUGAAGCGUGUCCUGGAGGGCAUCUCCCAGAAAACCUCCACACCCGCUGGGUGCCGCCUGGAGCACACGAGCAGCUUCACCAAGGACUUCCUGAAGACCAUCUGCUACACCCCCUCCUCCUCCCGCAGCUCCAACCUGACCCGCAGCUCCAGCAGCGACAGCAUCCACAGCGUGCGGGGCAAGCCCGGCCUGGUGAAGCAGCGCACGCAGGAGAUCGAGACCAGGCUGCGCCUGGCCGGCCUCACCGUGUCCUCUCCCCUGAAAAGAUCCAAUUCCCUGGCCAAGCUGGGCUGUCUGAACCUGUCCUCCGAGGACUUGUCGAGCGACGUGGACGUGGCCACCAUCACGGACUCCAAGGAGGCCGUGUCCAGCGAGUGCUCCGCGCUCUGUGAGCCCCCGGCGAGGGGCGCGGACGGCGCCUCCAAAGCAGGGCUGAAGCCCCUGGCUGGGAACUUGAAGAACACGCUCUGGAUGGGCAAAAGUUGAUGCCUUGCUGGGGGGGGAGGGAGGGGGCUGGAUUUUGGGGGUUUGCAGAAUUUAUUCAUUACACCAAUGCUGUUUUAUCAUCUGACUUGCAGCAGCUCAUCUGGUGCCACCUCCUCGUCCCCUCUUUGUGCUCGGAGAGAGGAGGAAAGAACCACGAUGGGUCACAAUGAAGGGCACAAGGGAAAUAAAAUGUGUUGCAUGGCUUAGAGGAGGACUUGGUGUGUGACUUGCCUGUUGUCCUGCAGGAUGCUCUUCCUAGUACUGUUUGCCAAGUGAAAUAAUGUGGAUUUGUGUGUGAUUAUGGAUAGAUAUUUGUAUCUCUAUCUAUAUCUAAAAUGCUGAAAUAUUCUGUUUCAAAGACUCAAAAUAAUUAUUCAUGACUUUUUUUUUACAGAACAAACACAAGGCUCUGUUUAAACAGGGCCCUUGUGGAAAAUCCUUAAAAUGGUGACACGCACACUACCUCUGUUCUUGCUGGCUUUUUGUCCUGGUUUAUUUUUUGGGGCUUUUAUCCAAAAUUCUUGCUGUUGUUUGAAGGAAUUCCUGUAGCUGUAAAGGCCUGGAGGAGUGUGGACACAGAGGCUUCCCCGGGCCUUGCUGGGAGGUGACAGUGCUGGGCUGUGUCCGUGGGGACCCGGUGUCACCCUGGCUGCUGCUGUCACAGCUGUUGUGUUCUUGGGGUGCUUUGCUGUCGUUGUGGUUGGUGUUGUCCCAGUGCUGACAGAGCCUGGCCAGUGCUUGCCUGUGGACCCUCGUGAUGUGAAGCUGUGUUGGUGUCGUGGGUGCUCUGGGGACCCUCUGUCACCGC